AUGAAUAUCCUGGACGACAAUAAUUUAACGACAGAUGCCAUGCCAAGUCCGCCAAGAGAUGAAAAUCAAGAAAAUAAUGAAAAACGUGAAAAUAACGAUAAACAAAGCGAGUCGAAUGAAUGUUUUGAAGAAGAACCCAUUAAACAGAACAGAACUGGGCGGGAUAAUCCAAGAAAUUGCAGUUCCAAUAUAAUGGUAAACAUCAGUAACUCCAAUCACGUGCAUGUGGGAUCAAAUACAACAAUAGUGUUAAAUAAAAAAGAAGCCAAAAAAAAAUAUCAAAUGACAGAUUCUGUUAGAAGGUUAAUGGAAAAUAGGAAACCUGUUAGUAAAAGUGAUAUUUCAUUUUUGGCGACGCAUAUUGGUGAUGGUUGGAAAAAUACUGCAAGAAAUUUGGAUUAUUCUGAAGGACAAAUAAACCAACUUUAUAUAGAUAACCAUUCACAUGGUGUAAGAGAGGUGAUUUAUCAAUUUUUAUUGGAUUGGAUACAAAACGAGCCAGAAAAGGCUACUGUAUCUAAAUUGGCGUUAACGCUUUGGGAAGCGGAUGAAAAAGAUGCUGUUAAUAGGUGGUCAAAAGAAUUGGUUUAG